AUGACAUCGGAAAUCCAGGAUUUUAUUGACACCCUUGAAUCUUUUAAAAGUUUAAAGAGCGGCAUUUCAGGUUCUCGUAUUAAAAAAUUAACGACAUUUGCCCUUGAAAAUGUCUCUGAAGAAGAAAAUUUAGUUAACUUGGUUAUUGAGUAUUCAAAAAAUUGCGAGGCGUCUCAUAAGCUAGGUUCUUUAUACAUUAUUGAUUCUAUUGGUAGAGCUUACUUAGAGCAAGCCCGUGCUGCUAAUGAAUCUAUCAAAAGCGUCUCUCCAAAGGGCACUUUUGCUCAUGGUGUUUAUACUUUGGGAGAAUCUAUUCAAGAGUUGUUAGGAGAUGCUAUUUCUAAAUCUUCUACAGAUCAUAAGGCCAAAAUACGUGAUUUGAUCAACAUUUGGGAUAGAUCCGGAUUGUUUCAAAAGGGAUAUUUGAAUGCUACGCGUGCCAAGUACUUUACUGAACUGGAUGAAUCUGCCCCAGGUGCUACCAAUUCUGAAGCCAAUACUAACGGCACUGCUUCCGCUUCUGCUUCUGCUUCUGCUUCUGCUUCCAAGGCUCCAUCCGUUGAUUUGAAUAGAAUAUUGAUUUCUGUUCCAUCUGAGCCAAUUAUUCAUCCAAACAGUUUUGAACUUCCAAAAAAUAUUACUGCUUCUAAUGACCAUGAUGCUCAACAAGCUGCGUUGGUCAAGGCCUUGGCCAUGUUGCAGCAGGGUAAAGUUUUUGUUUCCAGACCACGUUAUGUUCAUCAAAACAACAAUGGUAAAAUGAACAAUAAUAACCGCUCCACAAGAGGUGUUUCCAAGUCAACUUCUUAUGGCAAUAAUAAUAACAAUAAUAAUAACAAUAACAAUAAUAAUAAUAAUAAUAAUGGUGGUGGUGGUAGAUCAUAUAGAGACAGAGGAAUGGGCAAUAACUAUAAUGGUAGUAGCAGUAGUAGUAGCAGUAACGAACAACCAAGUAAUAUCGGCAAUACGCACCAUUUGUAUCCUAAUGAAACUAAUACACCGGGAAAUCCACAUUUUAGGCCUAAACAAGUUACAUUUGAUCCAAGUGUUCCACCCGAACACAUCAAAGUACUAAGUCGUACACUAUUUAUUGGUGGCAUCACCCCUAAUAUGAACCAAAUGGAUGUUGCUAGUACCUUAAGGCCAUUUGGUGAGGUGCAAUCUGUUAUAUUGAACCAUGCUCGUAAACAUGCCUUUGUUAAAGUUUAUUCAAGGAGGGAAGCUGAAAAUAUUCUGAAUAAUUUCAAUAGAAAUCCAAACUCUUCAUUAAGAGUGCGUUGGGCAGUUGGUUUUGGUCCACGUAACUGUUUUGAUUAUCAACAUGGUAUGGGUAUAAUACCUAUUCAAAAAUUAACUGAUGCUGAUAAGAAGUGGACAGUAACAGCUCAAUGGGGAGGAUCUAACGGCGCUACUUUGCAAUCAAAUAUGGUUAUCGAAGAGCCAGAUAUUAUUGUUGGUGAAGGGUUAUCUUCUAAGUUGGUUUCACAAAAAUUGCAAACUUCAAGCUCACCAGGCGGACAUCGUCAUAAUGGUAAUCAUAAUAAUAGAAUAAAUGAAUACUCUGCCCCAAUAUCUUCGGCUUCAUCAAAUUAUGAACAAAAUCCCUACCAAAGAUAUAUACCGCCCGUUCAACAACAACCUAUGGUGUCAAAUGUGGAUCCAAAUGCUCAAUUAAACACUUUAAUGUCUAUGUUACAACAACAGCAACAACAACGUUGA